AUGGGGAAAGAUUGGUUGGAGCUGAAUAGAGAUCAAGAAGCUGCUUUUGAGCUAUCUGAAGAAGUUGGAAAUCUCCUCAUGAACGGGUUCACGGGCCCCGCGCCUCGGGAUCUUGGCCGUUUCUCGCCGCUGGACACCAUCGACAUAUCGGAGAAUAGGUUCUCGAUCAGAGUACCUCUGCCGGAAGGGGAGCUUGCAGAAUUGAACGCUAUCUGCUCUAACUUGAGGGGCGAAAUACCCGAGUCUAUAUUCGAGCUCGAAGCAUUAUUAUGCACGCUGGAUAUAUGCCGGAGCGAAAUCUCCGGCCGGUCGAUCGGGAAAUUGAAGAGCUUUCGAGCUCUACCGGAACAAUCUAACGGGGACGAUUGCCCGACGGUUAACCGAAUGUCGGGUGAGAUUCUUUAUAGGACGGGGAAUCUCACGAGGCUAACCGUCUUUCGGAAUAAUGGUUUUGGAGAGAUGUGUAAUCUAAUCUCGUUUGCGGCCUAA